GUUGAUCCGCUGUGAUCAGCUCUGUGGUGAUUAGUCGGGUCUAAGUAAGAGGGGGCGCUGUGCACCAGGCAGAACUAGUCGAUCCCAGAGGCAUUUCCCUUUGUGUUUAUAUUUUUAAUUCUUUUAGAGGGAAACUGAACCAUACCCAAAGUGCUGGACCAAAGAGAAAUAAUGUAUGCUUUUGUGAGGUUUUUGGAGGACGACUCGUGCUGCGCUUUACCCGUUGCGAAUGUGAGAGAUUUGAGACCAGUGCACAAAAGAGAUUUUGAUGAGCAGAAGGUGUAUGUGGUGCUCAGAGGUGAGGAGAAUGGUACAGGCCAGCCGGCCAAGGCGCACAUUCUCGGUCUGGCAGAUAGCAUUGAGGAACUGGACAACAGUAUUAUGCAAAAGAAGAUGAAAAUUCCUAAAAUGACUACCAGGAAUGCAGGACACGCCAUAGAGAAUCACUUUGGUGAAGAAAGAAUGCCACUCCGACAUAAAAAGGUCCAGUGUCAGGAGCAGCAACGGGCCUCUAACUCCUCCAAGAGCCUUGCAGCUGUGGUGGCACGUUUGGAAAGAAACGCAGUGAGCUCGUAUGCCGAGGGCGAGGAGCUGCGUGAGGAGGAGGAACCGGAGGAGGAAGAAGCUGUGGUGCCCCGCGUCCUCUAUGAGGAGCUGGUGCACAGCUACAGGCAACAGGAGGAGGAGGUUCGGCGGCUGCAGCAAGAGCUGGACCGAACACGCAGACAGCUGCUGCAGCAGGCCAAGAAGCUCAAGGAGCACAGCAGCCUGCUGACAGAGGUCAAGGAACUGCGGGACUUCAACCGCCGCCUGCAGGACGUGCUGCUCAUGAGGCUGGGUAGUGAACCAAUGCACGAUAAUGGCACGCAGACAAUCAAAGCCGAGGUGGUGGAGCCAAUACCUGAACCACAGGAAAUGUGCAGAGAGGAGGCCAACACUAGCUCCACCCACUCCCCUUCCCCAAGGACCGUCUAUACCUUCAGUGAUGGAAAAGUACAUCUGGGUGGGGGCAUCUGGGUGGAGGAGGAUAAGUGGCAUCAGCUGCAGCGUACACAGGGUGACUCCAAAUUCACCAAAAACCUGGCCGUUAUGAUCUGGGGCACUGAGACGCUGAAAAACCGCAGUGUUACUGGCGUCGCAACAAAGAAGAAGAAAGACGCUCUGCCUAAACCGCCUCUCUCACCAAGCAAACUCAAAAUCGUACGAGAGUGUCUGUAUGACCGCGUGUCUCAGGAAACAGCCGACAGUGCUGAGAUCACUCAGCGGCUAUCCAAAGUGAACAAAUACAUCUGUGAAAAGAUUAUGGAUAUCAACAAAUCCAUCAAGAAUGAAGAGAGGAGAGAGUCCAAGCUCCUCAUCCGGCAGACGGUAAAGAUGGAGAACUUGUACGAUGGCAUGUAGGACCUGCGAUGUUGACGUCAUAGACUGCUGCUGCCAGAAGAGGUUACAUGUGAUCACCUGUGCUGCCAUUUUGGAUUUUCACUGAAGCCCACAGCGAGGCCUUUUUUUUUUGUUUGUUUGUUUGUUUUUUUCACAUUUUACUACCCCAUCUCUGAGGCUAUAAGGCAGUUUUACCCACAAUCCACACAGCCUGCCGUGAGCGGAGUUUGUUGGUUUAUGUGCUGUAAAUAAACCGUGGGUUUGGUUAAGGGGGGAUUAUAUGGUUUGAUUGUGGAAUAUUGAGAGGGGGGGCUAUGUUAAUCAGUCAUUGUUUUUGACAGGAGAGAUCCUUUAAAUCACAUUAGAUAACAAUGUGUAAGGCACAUCGGCUGGUGUUCUGUGUCAGAACGUCCUAAUGUCUACGUCGAGAGUGAAGACUUCUCUUGAAAAGAACUGUUCUGUUUUAAGGAGAAUGUUCUUAAACCCAUAAAUGCUGAGUUUGAGUGUGGAAAUUUGCAGACCUCCUCAUGCGUCUGUCAUUGAUGUGAGAGACGUAAAAACACUCCUUUUAACAGGGUUUGCCCUUGCAGUGUCUUAAUUAUUAUUAUUUUUAAAUCAUUUAAUUAACGGAUCCCUGAAGACCCAGUUGUUAAGACCAUUCGAAUCAGUUUAUUCUUGUUUUCGAUAUAUAUUGAGGAAUUGGACGUUCAGCUAUUUCCCUCAGUAAGAUUUGAUGAUGAUGCUAAUGGCACAGUAUGUUCUCAGACAAGCUCCCUUUGUUUCUCAGCAGAGCUUUCACGUUGAGCUUUCA